CCUACCUUAUCUUCCAUCCAUCCAUCAACCCCAAAAGCAAAUCCAUAACCAUAACCAUGCUCCGCCAAUCCAUCUCCAAGUCCUCUACCCGCCUCCUCACCACCACCACUACUCGUUCCUUCUCUGCUCUCGCUCCCAGAAUGGGUGCUGGCGAUACUGGUGCUCCCCGGCCGGGCGGUUCGCAGCAUGCUGACUCGUUCACCAAGCGUGAAGCCGCCCAGGAGAACUUGUAUGUUCACGAGAAGGAGAUGGAGAAGCUCCGUGCCCUGAAGGCCAAGCUCAACGAGCAGCGCAAGCACCUCGAUGAGCUGGAUAAGCACAUUGACGAGUUCACCAAGAACCAGGGCGGCGAGCAGAACUAGAUACCUAAUAUCUUUUUUUCUUUCCCUUCUUUGUGUCCCUAUCAUAUGGAUGAUGUGAUGAUUUGCUACCAUACCUACCAUACCUACCUACUUAUACCUGUCUACUCUACUCUACUAUUAUCGGAAUACCGAGCGAAAUCGAAUCGAAUCGAAUCAACUCAACCAGACAGGUUCACUAUCAGCGUGGAUACAUAACCUUAUGUCUUUUUGAUAUGAUAUCACAUAUUGUGUCUACCUACCUACCUACCUACCUACCUACCUUACCUACAUACACAAAUCAUGUAAUCUCUCCUCUCUACACUGUACAAGACAAUACAUAGCAUAGCCGGAAUAUCU